CAUAAUAGGGUGACUUUCCUCUUCGGAUAUUCGGAUUCUGUUUUAAUAGCCCCUUUGAGCCGGUUUACAUGGGAACAAAAGCAGUUGUUCGUGGCUCGAAAUAAUAAGGAUACGUUUUACCUAAUAAACUCGACAAGCUGUGAAUCAACGGUAUCCGUGAAGAGUUCGUUGGGCUGGCACUGGCCUUUUGCUAAAGCAACUAGCCACUUAAGCAGAACUAAAAUACCUUUUAUUGAUUGUUCUAACCGUUACAGUCCGGAGACUAUCGCUUUUACCUUUUAAGGGAGCUAGCUUGUUUUUUGGGGGGUGCUGUUGCUGGGACAUCAGCCAAUAUUUGUGUUGAUCCAGGUGUCCCUCCCUACAGAUCCCCUGAUGCUGUCAAGCCUCAAGCUCCAUGAAUGAUGUGUUCUGUCUGUGACAGAGGUGAGAACACAACCCUCAUUCCCCCACCUUGGGCAGGGUUCAUUGUCUCUUCCUGAGCCCUGGCCUCCCCUUGCAGAAAUGACUGACAAGAGGAACCCACCAUUUUUCAAUGAUAACAAUGUAGGCGUGGUGCACUACAAGCUGCCCUUCAGCGAGACCAUGGAGCUUUUCAUAGAGACCCUGACUGGCACCUGCUUCCAGCUGCGCGUCUCAAACUUUGAACAGGUCAUCUCUGUCAAGGCUAAGAUUCAGAGACUGGAGGGCAUUCCUGUCUCACAGCAGCAUUUGAUUUGGAAUGGUAUGGAACUUGAAGAUGAGUACUGCUUGCAUGAUUACAGUAUCACUGAGGGCUGCACUCUCAAGCUGGUCCUCGCCAUGAGGGGAGGGCCUGUAAACACCAGACGAGUGACAGUGACCGAUGACUCUGUGAGGGAGAUCUCUGACUGCCUCGACACAGGGAGAGAGGAGAUGUGGGAAAAGUCUCUGCCUAAUAAACAGGUCACUUUCCUGGUGUAUCGAGAGGGAGAUCAGCUCAAUUUCUUCCGAGUGGUGGACCGAGGAGAUGGAACGCUCACACCUGUAUCUGAAUCAUUGAGCAAUGGCUCUGUGCACAAUGUGUACACAGAAGAGGAGGAGUCAGAAACUGCAUCUUUACAACAGCAGAUGCUGGAGAACUCCAUCACAAUGAACAAGAUGAAGCUGCUCAAGGCCAAGAUGGAGAAUAUGAACCUUAACAAAAAGCCCAAAAAGACUGCUAAAUUAAAAGUCAGACCUCCAGUGGGUCCGCGGCCAUGCAGUGGUUCGCUUGGCUCUGCCCGCCACCACCGAAUGUUCCGGGUUCUUCCUCAGAUAGGCUAUGCCUCUUCAACACAUCUACCUCCAAUUGGUGAUCAGCUUCAACCUGCAGCCUCAUCCCCUGCUGCUGGCUCCUCCCACCAACCAUUCAAUUCUCUCUCAAGACCUACUUCCUCAAGCCUAGCUAAUCCUUCCUCUGUGGCUUCCAGCAUAUAUAUGGUUCAGGAACCGUGGGACAAUCCAAUGCCUCGGAAGAUCAGACUCCCUCCCAAAGUGUCCAGACUGGAAGUGCGAGGGCCUAAAGUUAUGAGGGACUGUGUGUACCCACCUGUAUCUGUUCUAUCAAACCCGGUAGUUCAAGAUGAAGAAGAUCUUCAAAGAGACUCAACCGUUAUAGAGCCUCCCAAACCCGUUCCUUUCAAUCUUCCAGAGCCCUUGAGUCUUGACUUAUCUGUUCAGCGUGAAAGCAGUAUGAACUCUAUUGGGGCUGUGGCAGAACCCAAGACAGCAGCUCCUCUUCUGACCCAAGCCAUCAACUCAAGCUCCAUCGGCACAUGGGCAAUAGGAAAAGACAGGCUAGAGUCCCAACCUGAUAGACAUGCAAUGAGCUCCCUGCACCUCCCACCUGACCCCCUCACACCUCCUUACAUACCACAGCACUUUGAGUUCCCGGGUUCCUCCUUGCAGCCUAGUCCAGCCCAUGCCCUCCUCAGAACCAGCAGCAGCCCUCCUCAUUCUGUUAGCUCCCCCUCACAGACAACAUCUGUACGAGGUUUCAAAGCCGAGUCACAUGACAAGCACUCAGAGGUGAUCUCCAAAAGCGAGGCCAGGGACAUUACCAAGAUGGCCAAUAAAGCUUCCAAGGAGCCACUGGGCUCGGUGAGCAAUGCUGAAUUCCUGGCCUCGCUGGCAGGAACCGGUGGUCAGAAGGCCCUGGCAGGGCCUUUUGCACUGGGAAGGUUAUCUGGUACAGCCACCCCCCUACCGACCAACAUCCAUCUGUUGCAGGAAGACCUGCUGCGGAGGAUCUCCCCCCUACAGAGCACAGCCGCAUACACGCCAUCAAGCUCAUCAGCCGGACACUCCAAUUCAGUAAAGAGAUUAGGCACUCCAACACAUCACUUACCCCCUAUGAAGGUUCCCACUGGAACAAAGAAGAAGAGUUCAAAGCACUGCUUCCUGUGUGGGAAAAAGACUGGGUUAGUCACCAGCUAUGAAUGCAGGUGUGGCAACAGCUUCUGUUCCAUGCACCGCUAUGCAGAGACUCACAACUGCACUUACGACUACAAAAGCGCAGGCCGGCGAUUCCUACAGGAGACCAACCCCAUCAUAAGUGUACCAAAGCUGCCCAAAAUAUGAAGGCACUGCGCUCAUUAGAGGAGAGAUACAUGGAAUUGAUCAACCAUUAAAAGAGAGAAAAACUUGUCAACAAUGUGUGCUUUUAUUACCAUGUUUGCUUAAAAAUAGUUUAAGAUAGUUAGAUCUGUAAACGAGAGGUAAAACAGUGCUGACUCUGUAGCCGUUCCCACUGAAAACAUACCUUAUUAUUAAUGCAAAAAAAGUAAAAAAAGCCCUGCAUGUAAAUUUCUAAAAAUAUUUCUUCCAUGCAACAAACAUUCAAAGAUGCAAAAUACACAGUUCCAAGCAUAUUUACAUACGUUUUCUGUAUGUUAUGUUUCUUAAGAUAGAACUGAUGAUCACUUUAGAUGCACUUUAGUAAUAUCUCUUCUGGAAAUUGGGUUUGGUAACACUUAUUAACACUUGGACUGGUUGACGUGACGAACGUUCCUUGUUGUACCUUAGUAUUUGAAAGCUGCUCAGAAAAGGCUGCAGUUAUUAUUUACACUUUUUCUCUAAUGUCAGGUGAUGAACCUAAUAAAAUAUCCUUGUGUUUCCUUUUAUUUUUAAUAAAAACUAAAAUAAUGUCUAUUGUGUGUUUUAUAUCAGAGUCAAAACUGCCUCUGAAAUAUAUUGUGUCACUAUGUUUUUAUCUUAUACUAGAUAAAUGCAAAUAGUCUAAACAUUCUGAAAUAACCUCUGCUAAGAUUAGGGUACAAUGGAGCUAAAUGCCCCCAGUGGUGAAAGUCAAAUAGGUUUGUUAUGAAGAAUGUUUAUACUGGCUUCACAUUGAUUGAUCCAAUCACAAUGGAGAUUAAUUUGUUUAUAGAAUACUUGAGGAUGAAGCGUCAGAUGUGUUUGAUAUGAACAGGAAAUGGUGCACCCUUUUCUGAAUUGGUUAUUUUGAAUAAGCAUUAGCUUAAAAAGCAUCUUGCCUUCUUGAAGGUAAUUGCAUAACUUGGCAAAUGUUGCACUGUAACUAUUGCCCCUAUAUCUACAUUUAUAUCACUACAACCCCCUGGGGCCUUUUACACCAAGUGUUGGGUAAAAGGCCCCCAUGCCACCUUUUUUAAAUAAAUACA